CCUCAAUUCACUCCCAAAUAAAGCAAAACACAUAAACACCUCAACUUCCAUAAAUUUACCCUUAACACAAUGAAAAUAUGCAGGUUGUGCUUAAAUACAACAUCCCCUCAAUACGAGGAUGUUAAAUUAAUCGAUAAAGAGCACAUAAAUUCAAUUUUAUCCGAUAUUGAUUUCGACUUAAUUCGAGCCCCACAGGUUUGUUUAAGCUGCACGGAACAAUUAAAAUCAUCGUAUUUCUUCAAAAAGAGAUGUUUAGAGACAGAAGGUUUAAUUAAAUCUUAUUUCGAGAGGUUCGGACACACCAACAAUGAAUUAAAUGAGAUUUUAAUAAAAAUUAAUAAUUUCGAUACUGAAAUAAACGAUAAUGAAACAAAUAUAGAUGAAAAAAUUGAUUCCCCUGAAUUAAACAUUGAAAAUUAUUUAAUAAACGAGGAAAAUGAGGAUAAUAAUAGUGAUUCCGAUGAACAAAACGAUCAAUUAAUUAAAUUGGAUAAAAAUGUUAAAUGUGAAGUUUGUGGUGAGAGUUUUAACGAAAAAAUUCGAUUAACGGCGCAUAUGAAGGAUCAUUUUCACCGGUUAUCUUGUUCAGGGUGCAAUAAAUCUUUUUGUACAAUUCAAAGUUUUCGAAAGCACGUUUUAGCAUCACACAAAAACGUUUUUAAAAAGAAAUUAGCGGAACUCGAAGAUUUAUUAAUAAUAAUUUACAACAAAAACACUUUGUGCAAUAACUGUCAUUUAUGCAAUCGGGAAAAAUCUAAUUGUUUAUGUCCGAAUAACUUUUCUUGCGAAAAUUGCAACAACAAAUCGAUCUUAAAAGACGUUUAUUUUAAGCACAAAAUUGUUCAUUUAAUAAAAAACAACAAUUUUACUUGCGAAUAUUGCCAAAAACGUUUUAUGAGAAAAUCGGCUUUAACCCGUCACAUAGAAGAGGUUCAUUUUGGUAUUAGAAAACAAUAUACACCACGUUCGAUUUAUACUUGUGAUAUUUGUGGGUUAACAACGCACCGAAAAAGUCGAUUAACUCAACAUAUGAGGACCCACACAGGGGAGAAACCGUAUAAAUGUAAUGAGUGUGGCAAAGCCUUCGCGCAAAGUAGCCAAUUGGGGGUGCAUAAACGGACGAAACAUUCUGAUACGUUUCGAUUUACUUGUGAGUAUUGCAGUAAAAGGUUAAAAUCGAAAUAUUCACUCGAUAUGCACAUUUUGAUUAUGCACAAACCGGAACAAUUGGAACGGAAAUUUCAGUGUCAUGUUUGUGAGAAGAAAUUUCGAUUUUCCGGUGAGUUAACGAAUCAUUUAACGUGGCAUAGUGAGGAAAGGAAGUUUAGUUGUGAGGUUUGUGGGAAAGGAUUCGUUAAUCAACCCUCGGUUAAAAAACAUAUGGUUAUUCAUUCCGGGGAGAAAAAACAUAAAUGUGAGAUUUGCGGGAAAGGUUUUCAUCAUAAAUCGUACAUUAAAGUACAUAUGAAAGUGCAUAAAAGAAUCAUGUAAUUAAGUUUUUUAAUAAAAUUUAUUUUAAAAAAAUAAUUUUUAAAUUC